UACCAUUUUAUGAGGGCCAAGCUGGCCUGUAUAUGAUAAUCAUUCUAAAUUUCAAAAGGGGAAGCAUCCCGCCAUAAUUUUUCCAUAUAAAAAGAGGUGCGCUGGCCCUUAACAAACAAAGGCGAUGAGCGCGCAAAGAGAUGGAAGUGUCGAGCCUACCAAUCUCAGCAUCACAGAGAGGAAAGUUAAUAUCAGCUGGCUACACCUCUCUUUCUUCACUUUCUUCCGUAUCUUCUUCUGAUCUCGCUCGUGAUCUAAGAAUUUCAGAGAGUGAAGCCAUUGAUAUUCUGAAGGUUGCAUCAAAGGGCAGUAGAGUGAGUGGGUCAGAGCGUGGAGCUAAUUCAAUUAUCAAUGGUGCACGGAAUGCCUGGGAUAUGCUACACGAGGAAGAGUCAUUGACACGAAUUACUACAUCCUGUGCCGAUCUAGAUAACAUAUUGGGUGGUGGAAUAAAUUGUAAAGAAGUUACUGAAAUUGGUGGAGUACCGGGCAUUGGUAAAACUCAGCUGGGGAUUCAGCUUGCGGUUAAUGUUCAAAUACCUCUUGAAUUUGGUGGCCUUGGAGGGAAGGCAAUAUAUAUAGAUACGGAAGGUAGCUUUAUGGUUGAGCGUGCUUUACAGAUUGCUGAGGCAUGCAUAGAGGACAUGUCUGAAUAUAAUCGAUUUUUACGGAACGAUUUUCAAGCUUGCCAAGUUAAAACACAACCCAAGGAUAUUCUGGAAAACAUAUUCUAUUUCCGUGUCUGCAGCUACACAGAGCAAAUUGCCCUUAUAAAUUACCUGAACAACUUCAUCUUAGAGCAUAAAGAUGUUAAGAUUGUCAUUAUCGAUAGUAUUACAUUCCAUUUCCGCCAAGAUUUUGAGGACAUGGCCAGAAGAACUCGUGUACUUAGUGAGCUAGCAUUGAAGUUGAUGAAGCUUGCAAAAGACUUCAGUUUGGCAGUUGUUUUACUGAACCAGGUGACCACUAAGUACGCAGAAGGUUCCUAUCAACUUACUCUGGCACUGGGUGAUAGUUGGUCACAUUCUUGCACAAAUCGGAUCAUUUUGUAUUGGAAUGGAAAUGAACGUUAUGCAUACAUCGACAAAUCACCCUCCCUUCGGUCAGCAUCUGCACCAUAUUCUGUGACUAGUAGAGGGAUCCGGAACUCUUCUUCAAAUGUUAAAAGGAUCAAAAUGAUGUAGUGGGGCAGGGCGUUGCUGUGAAGCACAUGAAGUCCCCAACCACAUUUCCCAUUUCCCAUCUGAAUUCUCACACUUCCUGUAGCUGUAGGCAUUGAAGUAUAAUCUAUUUGCGAGAAGUAUUGUUUAGAUUAUCAGUGUAAUGUUUGACGACUCAAGAUAACAUUUCAUUAUUUUUAGUAUUUGGUCUUAA